AGAAGCUACAGUCUAGGUAAUGGUAAUAUUCUUAGUUGUUCUAAUUGCUGAUAAGAAGAACAAAUAGAGAAAUUCUUAGAAUUUAUCCUAUGUUGGAAGAAUCUUUCAUAAUGAUGACUUCUCUUUAGGUGAACCCAAGACUAUGGGAAGAACUAACAUAACACAGCCUACCGAAUUCAUCCUCCUGGGACUCUCCUCUCGACCUGAAGAUCAGAAGCCACUCUUUGCCAUGUUUCUCCCCAUCUACCUCAUCACAGUGAUAGGAAACCUGCUCAUCAUCCUGACCAUCUGCUCAAACACUCACCUCCAGACACCCAUGUACUUUUUCCUGAGUGUCCUCUCAUUUGUUGACAUUUGCUAUGUGACUGUCAUCAUCCCCAAGAUGCUAGCAAACUUCUUAUCAGAGACAAAGAUCAUCUCUUAUGGUGAGUGUUUGACUCAGAUGUACUUCUUUAUUGCUUUUGGAAAUACAGACAGUUACCUGCUGGCAGCCAUGGCCAUUGACCGCUAUGUGGCCAUCUGCAACCCCCUCCACUACAUCACCAUCAUGAACCACAGACGCUGUGUCUUGCUCCUGGUCCUCUCCUUCUGCAUUCCACACCUCCACUCUCUCUUGCAUAUUCUCCUGACCAACCAACUCAUCUUCUGUGCCUCCAAUGUCAUUCACCACUUUUUCUGUGAUGACCAACCAGUGCUAAAAUUGUCCUGUUCCUCCCAUUUUGUCAAGGAAAUCACAGUCAUGACAGAAGGAUUAGCCAUCAUAAUGACCCCCUUUUCAUGCAUCAUCAUCUCUUAUUUGAGAAUCUUCAUUACUGUUCUGAAGAUCCCUUCAGCUGCUGGGAAAUGCAAAGCAUUUUCCACCUGUGGCUCUCACCUCACAGUGGUGACCCUGUUUUAUGGAAGCAUCAGCUAUGUCUAUUUCAAGCCCCUGUCCAACUAUACAGUCAAAGGUAGAAUAGCAACAAUUGUCUACACCAUACUGACUCCAAUGCUAAACACAUUUAUCUAUAGCCUACGAAACAAAGACAUGAAGCAGGGCUUGAUGAAACUCAUGCACAGAGUGAAAGGUCAAUAA